UUCAAAAGUAUUUUUAACCAGUGAUAAUUUUUAAGUAUUCAUAAAACACUCAUUUUGAACCCUAGAUGCUGAAAAUAAACACGGAUUUUAAUGUCGUUAUACAUACAUAAAGAUAUAUUAUAUUUCAUCCUGUGAAAAUUGUAAUACCCCUCCCCCAUUUUCCCAGGCUCCUUCCAAUCUGGUCUCAUAUCAAUCAUGUUUAUUAGAUCAAAACGAAACUGUUCUAGCCAAAAAUAGAUAUUUAACCUUCUGUUCACAAAUCUCCCUGUCCCUGGUUCAAUAUCCUAAUCCCCGUCACUGACCCCUCUCUGUUAUUUUCAGAUUGAUCUAGUCAAAAAUGUCGCCAUUUUGUUAAAGUUUGCGCCAAUUUGCGCAUUAAGCCGCUUUUUCUUCUCUGAAAGCGGACAUUUUCCUCUGCUGCUAACAAACUUAUACAACUACUGAAAUGGAUCCUGGACUAGAUUUUGCCUCCCUGCUAGGGAUUGCAGAACAUGUAUCGAAGGGGAAGGCAGGGAAGGAGGUGCAGCUGAUGAAGACCAAGUUUGCUGGACCGAAGAAGGAGAAGAGGGAGAAGGGGAAGCUGAAUGAUAAUGUGAGAAAGUUCCUUGAGAAGAAGGAUGAGGAGGAGAGGAGGAUGAAGAAGGAGAAGAAGGAGCAGCUCAAGAACCUCCAGGAAUUGAGAACAGAUUCAGCUAGAAAUAAGAUCGCGAAGCAUCUGAAAGUAACGAAGUCUGCAAAUAAAGCUGUGCUCAGUGAUGCCAUAAAUAAGAAAGAUACUGCUGUUACUAUGACAGGAAGGAAGCAGUGUGACGAAGAUGAUUAUGGGUUUGAGUCUGGUGUAUCGAAUAAGCUGUAUGAGAAGCUGAUGGGAAAGUACGAAUCGUGUCCAGAUGAUCCUAUGGAUAAAUUCAGCAAGUCCAAACCUAAAUCCCACGUGGAUAUAAGUUCCGCUAAGGAGAGAGUUAAAAUGGCGCUCAGACAGGAGACUGAGGAUGUUCAAAUCCGAACAAGAAAAAGAAAGCAUGGUGGGAGCAGUAUUGGUGCUGAAGAAUCUGGAAUCAGUUAUAAACGGAAUAAAGAGGAGAAGAUUGAGGAUAAAGGAAGAGAGGAGAAGGGGAAGGACGGGAAAUUAAAAAAGAAGGAUAAACUAGAAGCGAUCAAAAGAAGAAAAGAAAAUUAUAAGAAUGCACCUAAACCUAUGGAUUUUCAGGCACUGUUAGAAAUGGCAAACACCGUGAAGGACAAGCCUGUAAUGAUCCCUAAGCUGAAGAAGGAAAUCAAAAAAGAAGCUGAAAUCGGAGACAGACCAAUGACCAAAAAACAGAAAGAAGAAUGGAUAAAGGAGAACGAAAGAAUGCUCAGACGUGAAGGAAAACUCCCACCAAAGGAAUCUGCUGCCGCGUCUUAUUCAAACAACAACAAACAAUAUUCGAAAGACUACAGAACAAAAUCUGAGGAUAGGCAAAAAUCCGAGGAAAAAACUACAUUGAAACCGCCAGUGAAAAUCCGCAAACCUGAACCGGGACCUGAGCUCCAUGUGGCGGUUAGAAAAUCCCUGCCGCCGCCACGGCGGGAAUCGCCGGCGGAACAACGAAGACCGGAGAAUGGCCGACCGUAUGAUUCAAAGAAAAACGACGAGAAAGCCAAAAUGCAAGAGGAAUAUAAACGGCUUCAGGAAAAAUGUAAAGAAAUGGAGGAAAGAAUGCGACUGCAGGAAGAACACAAGAAGUUGCAGGAAAAGGUUCGAGAAAUGGAAGAAAAACUGGCGAAAUCUUCAUCUUCGUCCAAAUCUGAUUCUAGGUCUUCCUCUAGUAAGCCGGAGAAAAGGCACGGGGACCGGAAACGAGAUGUUCACGAGGUCAAAGCGCGCGAGUUUCCGGGAGAAAAACGGAAGAAGGAAAAGGAAAAACCACGCCGGAACAGGAUUGAAUCUGACAGUGAGUAUGAUUCGGAGAUGGACGAUUUUAUCGACGAUACUGAAGACAAAAUUGAUAUUAGCAAAGAAAUCAGAAGUAUUUUUGGGUCGGAUGGAGGAUAAGGAAGAUAUGAGAAGAGAAGAGCUUGAGAAGAAAAUGAGAUUAAAGAAACUAAAAGGGCGGUGACAUUGCAUUCUCCGCCAUCUUUGUAUCUCAAUUUUUUUUAUGAUCUACAAUCUCAAUGGAUUAAUAAAUUUAAAUUCUUAUUCUUCUGUAUUUGUACAAACUACUUGUGGCAAAUCAUUGUCUAUUUUGUUCACAGAGAUUACUUUUCUUCUCAACAAUAGCCGCAGUACAUUAUCAUGUAUAAACUGUAGUACGUGAACAUCUAUCUACUGCAGUACGUUAGCAUAUUUCGACCGCACUACAGCACAUAUCUAUUGCAGUAUGUUAGUAGAAAUCCACUAAAGUACGUGAUUUGAAAUCCACUGCAGUACGUUCCGUUAGCAGAUGUCAACUGCAGUUGGUUAGAAACGUUAGCAUAUAUCUACUGCAGUAGGUUAGCAUAUAUCUACUGCAGUAGGUUAGUAUAUAUAUACUGCAGUACGUUAGCAUAUAUCUACCGCAGUACAUUAGCAUAUAUCUACCGCAGUACGUUAGCAUAUAUCUACCGCAGUACGUUAGCAUAUAUGUACUGAGUAGAAAACAAUUUGUAUUUAUUUAUUUUGAUGUAUUUAAAGUUUUUUUUUUGAAAACUGCCGGAUUCAUAUUAAACAUUUUUAAUCAGAUUUUUCUAUCUUGUUUACUUUUAUAAAGUUUGUUUACAUUUAAUGUUUUGUGUUAAGAACGGAUAUUUUCUCUGAUGUGAUAAAUUAACACUCAUUCUACAGGGUGAUUCGCAUCUUAGUCCUUCACAAGGACUUGGUAAUUUGCAUAAUUUAUAAUUUUUUGUUUUGUACAACUUAAAUAUCAAUCUGUAAAUAAAUUUAAAAAAAAAUUUA